AUGGAGAUAUUCAGAGAUCUUCCAAAGGAUUUGAUAGAGGACGAGAUACUGACUCAUGUUCCGGCGACGUAUCUGAGAGGACUGGGAUCUACUUGUAAACGAUGGAACCGCUUGUUUAACGAUGACCGGAGAUUCGCAGGGAAGCACGCCGAGAAAGCCGCAAAGCAGUUUAUGGUUCUCAUGUUAACUCGGGCCUACAGGAUUUGUCCGGCAAUCGUCGAUCUCGACGGAAAAAUCCCAUCUUUCGAGCUGAAAAGCGAGCUUAGCCUAGUCGACCCCAAGCAUCCAGCUGCUCGAUUCGAUGUAGACAUACCGUUUCAAUUCUCCUUCGAUCACGCAUCUGCUCAGGUCGAUGUAGACGCAGUGUUACACUGUGGGUUCAAGUAUCCAGGUGCUCAGUUCCGUGUAGGCGUAGUGUUUCACUGUGACGGCCUCUUGCUAUGCACCGCCGCCGACAAAUCUAGAUUCGUGGUCUGGAACUUGUUUACGGGCGAGACCAGGUGGUUCCAACCCAGCAAUAAGGGCGUGAAAGGCCGCAACAUUGUUCUCGGAUACGGCAAGGAUAAGAGCUACAAGAUUUUGAGCUUUUAUCAUCGUAAGAGAGAUUACGAGAUCUACGAGUUCAGCUCGGACACGUGGAGGGUUGUUGAUGAGAUCAUAGCUCCAGGGUGGAGCCUUGGAUACACGGGUAUCUACGUGUCUUUGAAGGGAAGUACCUACUCGUUCGCUACAGAUGAAACGAAAACGCAACAGAGCGUGUCCUUGAUCAAAUUCGAUUACUCAGCAGAGAAAUUUGUGCCUGUGGCUCUUCCCUAUCCGUCUAGUUUUUUUGGAACUGUGAGUCUUUCCGUUGUGAAGGACGAGAAACUUUCGGUGCUGUUAAAGGGGGCCGAAGAUACAUCCAAGACUGAGAUAUGGGUUAGUAAUAAGGUUGAUGAGAGGACACCGGAAGUGGUGUCGUGGAGCUUGGUCUGGGCAUUGGAUCUGAGCCCUGAUCUUCAGGUUUUUUGGGGAAGUAGCUACUUGCUCGACGAGGAGAAGAAAGUCGCCGUGAUUUCUGCGCAUUGGAUUGACUUGAAAGACGAGACCGAGACCAUUGACAAGGACACUAUAUGCAUUGUUGGGGAGGACAAUGAAGCCACGGUGGUGGAUUUUGGACUAGAGACAACGGAUGGAUGUUAUGCAGUUAUCCUUAAUUAUGUUCCGAGUUUGGUUCAAAUCGAGCAAGCGGGAGGAGGCAAAAGGAAAAGAGCUGACAUGUAA